AUGUCGUCCAUCAGCUCCUACGGGCUCUGGUUGAACGCGCGCAAGUUGGUGCCUUUUCUUCCACCCAAGCCCAUCUCGCCUCGCAGGGCAAAAGAGCAGGAUACGUCGCCUCUCUUCCGUCAGCUGCCCCCGGAGUUGCGUCAGAUGAUCUGGGACACGUACUUCCGCGGGCAUGCGGUGCAUCUCUUCCUGCCUUCACCGCAAACAAGGAUGCGUGGCGGCAAACAGCUGUUGAAAUUUUACUCGUCCAAGAGGCUCCGCGGCAAAGAAUGCUUGACGUGGGACCCAGACUUCCAACAUGAAUGGGAUCUUCACCGCGUUCUAUGCUGCAAGCCUGAGACAGAGAUCCCUUGCGAUCACAUGUCGCUUGUAUUAGCGUGCAAAAAGACCUACUUUGAAUGCAUAGACGUUCUUUACCGAGAGACCUUGUUCGACUUCACGUGUGCAAAGGGAGCCCUUGCGAAUUUGUCCAAACGUCUUCCGGCGGCUCACCUCGCUAGCAUUUCCCGGGUCAACCUUUCCUGGAUACUCAGUCACCCUCUCUACUUUGAGGGACUUAAAAAUGGUAAGAACGAGGUGCUAUGGGUAGCUAUAUGGGAGGCCCUGGCGGCCAUGGAAGGCCUCGAGUGGCUGAGAGUGGAAGUGGAGAUUAAGAUGUUUUACCCCCGCGAGGCCGAGGAAUAUACAGAACGCGAAUACACUCUUUGGGAGCUGAUCAAGAAGGUGACGCGCCCUUCUCAUUUCGAGCUUAUUCUUCCUUUCCCCGCCGCAGAGUCGACGCGGGAGGAGACAUUACCGUGUACUAUUAUCCGCCGAAUAGCACCGAGGAACGAGGAGUGA